GUUGAGGACAGCGCGAGGCGGGGAUGUUAUAAAUAGCAAGGUGACAGUCCCGCGAGUCACUCGUUCACUGAGACUGCACUGGCGAGGAGAGGGCACAGGCCGGAUCGUCUUAUUUGUCAUUUAAAAGUGCCAGAUUGAAUUCCACAAUGUACGCUUGUGCUAAAUUCAUCACCUUGCCUGCUGUGCUCCGCAGUGGAUCCAGGGCUCUGGCAAGGCCAGUAUCUGUGUCUGUGUUCAACAGACCAGAAGCCAAGAUUGAACAGUCCCUGGUGCUGCACAGCGAUGCCGCUGCCCUGCAGAUCCUGAGCCGCGGGUUCCAGACCAGCGCAGUCUCCCGGGACAUCGACACGGCCGCCAAGUUCAUCGGAGCAGGAGCCGCCACCGUGGGCGUGGCCGGGUCAGGAGCUGGCAUUGGGACCGUGUUCGGGAGCCUGAUCAUCGGAUACGCCAGGAAUCCUUCGCUGAAGCAGCAGCUCUUCUCCUAUGCUAUCCUGGGCUUUGCCUUGUCUGAAGCGAUGGGUCUCUUCUGUUUGAUGGUUGCGUUCCUCAUCCUGUUUGCUAUGUAAACCCCUCCCUCUUUUCCAUACACCUUCGGGGGGGGUCCAGGGUGGAGGUUAUGGCCCCUGAGGGCAGCCCCCCCCCCCCCCCUCCCUCCCCGGUCCCCUGGGGGGGUUGGAACUUGGAUGUGCAGCUCAUGAGGCCGUGGCAUCGCCAUUCCAUUAGUUUUGUUUUCAAAACAAAGUUUAAUAACUUUGCUUUUGUUUUUCUCAAAGUUUUAUGUAAAGAUCUUGCUAAUCGGUUUUAGGCAAAAAUGUCUAAAAUAAAGGUGAGGGGUGGAUAACCUGAAA